UGUAUACUUUAUUCUCGUGCACUCAACAAAUUUUUCUUCUGUGAGUCGAGAAUGGGAAGGGACUUAAGGAUCCAUUGAGGAGCUCAUCCAUUUUAUUUAUAGCAAAAGGACAAUAUGUUUUCCUUCUCAAGUCUUUCUUAAAAGCACUUGACCAUAUUUUUGUAUUGGCUAAUUAUUUAAUGUGCUAUCAAUUAUCGUGUAUUGUUGAACUUUCAAAUUAGUUGUUACUCAAAGGUGGCCUUUCUCUUUGUAAAUUUUGCUUGGACAUGUCAUGCUUUCUUUCAGGCAGAAAACUCUUGGUCAGCAUACACAUUGCUGCAAAUGUGACUUGGUCCAAGGGCAGUUUUGUGGAGAUUGCUUAUACAUGAGAUAUGGAGAGAAUGUGAUCGAAGCCAGCAAAAAUCCUGAUUGGGUUUGCCCUGUUUGUCGGGGCAUUUGCAACUGCAGUCUUUGCAGUAAAGAAAAAGGGUGGGAGCCCACUGGUAAUCUGUAUAGGAAGGUCAUAAAUCUGGGUUACAAGUCUGUGGCACAUUAUCUUAUUCAAACCCGUCGUUCCCAACGAAAAUCAGAAACCUCAGGUGCAGAGGAAUCAAUGCAUGAUGAUAUGAAACAAGAAACAGAAGAGGCACACUUAACAGGGGGAGAAGAAAUGGAAGAGGUUCAGUGUGUUGAUGCCAAAGAUUUGGGUAACAUAGAUGAUACUGGUGCUGCCGUUGCUGGGGAUUCAGUUGAAGGUGAGACAAAGGGAAAGCCGAGAAGGAGGAGCACAAGGUUGAGGAAGAACUAAAUAGUUCUGGAUCAUAGAUGGACUGACAUGAAGCCAGCUGUCUUGUUACGAAAUAGUCAUCAAUCAACUAGCUGGUGAAAGUUUGACAUGAAGCAAAUCGUCUGGCCUCAAACACCUUUUGAGCACAAGUAUUCCUUUUUAUAAGCAGGAACAGAGCUCGUAUUUUCCGGAGCUUAUAUUUUUGCGGAGUAAAUGUUACCCUGAAUUGUAUCGUAUUCAUGGCAAUAUGACAUUAUCAGUAAUAUCUAGUCUUUUGAGUUGCAAAUGAAAA